GAAGCGUUUUUGGGUGACACGAACUGCGUCCAAUCUAAACAGUUCCAAUUUGAAAAAGAUGCAGAAAUUCGUUAAGCGGGAGCUUCUGCUUUUCUGUACACGACAACAUAAACUAUGUAGACCGCGUUUCUCAAUGUAAACGUUGCACUUAGGCGUGGUGUAUCCUCGCUUUGUUCCACAUUUUGUGUACAUUAUAAUAACAUGUUUCGAAAAAAUUUUGAGUCCUAAAUCAAAAGAUCCUUAAUCAAAUCAAGGGAAGUGAUUGUGAGUGUUGUAACCACUAUUAGGUUACCACCUCACGUAAUUGGGUUAAAACUGCUUUAAGUAGUAUAUUAGUUUGUGGCUUCCGUUUUUGUGGAAUCCAAAGAGUAUGAUGUCUAAAUCCUACUUUACAAUACUUUAACAAUGAAUAAAAAUGGAGAGUACCAUUUGGUCAUUUUGUGUCCCGAUUUAUCCCAUUAAUUUCAGUCAGUUGACCCGUUCUUUACUUCAAUAUGUUAGUUCGUCUGUUAACAAGUUCAUCCCUGACCUAAAAGGUAUCCUUGUGGAUUUUGACGCAAAAAGUUUACAAAUCAUAACUGAAGUUGAUUAUUCUGAUUGUUAUGUCCCUACUGGUUUCACUUGUGGUCUUUUCCUGAUUCAUCCAGAGUUAAACCAUCUUCGUGUACACGGGAAGAUAAAGGUCAAUAUUUUUCGCCCAUAUUUAGGUUUGGAAGUAGAUGCGAUUGUUUCAGUGGUUAGACCACAAUUUAUUCUUUGCCGUACAGAAAUUUCCAAUGUAAUGAUUAGUCUUCCACGUUUAUCUUCGGAGUCAGUAAAAAAAGAAGAAUUCAGCCAGUCCAUUUUAAAACCUUUUGACAAAAUAAGAGUUAAAUUGACUCAAAUUGAUAACAAUUUUGGCUCUCCAAUUUUACAAGGUGACUUUAUGGAGUGUCUUUCGAAACCCUUAUCAAAAUCUUCCGAGAAACAGCAUAAACAUCAAACAAAUUCUGCUGGCACUGAUAUGAGUGAUAUAAAACCAGUAAUAAAAGUCUCCGAUGAUACUGAUAGUUAUCAGACUACUUCGUCAUUUCAUGAAAAUUCUUCUGAUCCAGUCACUUUUCCGACUAAUUCACCUAACCAUAAAACACCAAAAGUUAGGAAACCAAAGAUUCGGAAACUUGAAGAAUCAUUACAAGAAGUUGGAGUCCUCGAUAAUUGUAGUGCAAGUCUAUUAACUCAUGAUGAUUCGCCAGCUGGUUCAGUGAAGAGAUUACGAAAGGAGAACUCAUCCACUUCCAAAGUAUUAAAAAAGAAAGGUAAUUCAGAUUCAGAAGAGAUUAUCCCUGCUUUAUUAAAUGAUGCACUGUUAAAAUGUGGUAGAAAAUAUAGGUCAAACCAUAAUCUGUUAUCUUCUGUAACUGUAAAAGAGGAACCAACUUGA